AUGUUAUUUGAAGAAUUAAAUAAGUUAGUUGACACUGAAAAAGAGGCUAUAGAAUUUGCAUUACAAUGGAAAUUACUACCGGAAAAACAUGUUAUUUGUCCCGUGUGCAAUAUUGGAAACGUCGGAUGGUACAAAAGAUCUCACGAGGGUUUAAAAAUUCCAUACGCACUUCGUUGCUCAAGGAAAAAAUGUAGGAAAAAAUGGUCAGUUACAAAGAAUACGUGGUUUUUCGGAUCUCAUUUAAGCGUCAAACAAAACAUAUUAUUAAUAUACUGUUGGAUAAAAGGUGACACGGUCGGUGAAACAUCGGAAAUACUUAAAUUAAGUAAAUCUACAGUCAUGGAUUAUUAUCAAUUUUGUAGAGAGGUGUGCUACACGAUAGUCAGUAACAGGACGAAGCCCAUUGGAGGGCCCAAUGAAAUAGUUAGCCUGUGUAAUUAUCAAAUUGACAGAUUUAUAGACAAACAAAAGAGGAUAGUCAGUUUUUUAGAAGGUGUCAAUCAGGAUAACUUUAGCGAUUAUUCAAAAAUAUCAGAUGGUGAAAAUGAUUUCGCUGAAAAAUAUAAUAUUAAAAUUGUUAAAAGUUUAAACGAUUCUGUCGCAGCCGUAUCGACACCUAAAAAAUGCUUAUGGCGUACUGGGAAAAAAUUUAGCGAAGAUGAAGAAAAUAAAACUAGAGAUUUUGUCAUGUUUCAAUAUUUAUACUUUCAUCCUAUCGAAUCAUUAUCUAUAGGAGAAAAAUUUAAAAGAUUUUUAAGAGAUGUUGCCAAAGUAUAUCCAGGACCAUUUAAAAUUUCAUUGACUCCAGUUAUAUAUUAA